AUGUCACGUUACGGUGACUGUAAAGUGUAUGUCGGAGAUUUAGGUAACAAUGCAAGCAAACCUGAACUUGAAGACGCAUUUUCAUAUUAUGGACCUCUAAGAAACGUCUGGGUAGCAAGGAACCCGCCCGGCUUCGCUUUUGUAGAAUUCGAAGACCCUCGUGACGCUGAAGAUGCGAUACGUGGUCUGGACGGACGCACAAUUUGUGGGCGACGUGCUCGAGUAGAGAUGUCUAACGGCGGGCGAGGUUAUGGAGGACGGGGGCCACCACCACGCUCUCGACUACCUCCUAGACCGUAUGAUGACCGCUGUUAUGACUGUGGAGAUAGAGGACAUUAUGCUCGGGACUGCACACGCCGUCGUCGCCGCAGUCGGUCAAGGUCCCGUCGUCGUACGCGCUCCCGCUCGCCACGCUCUGGAUCCCGUUCCCGUAGUCGCAGCCGCUCUCGCUCCCGCUCUAAGGCACGGUCUAUGUCGCGGUCAAGAUCUCGUUCUCCAUCCAAGGACUCGAAAAAAUCGAACUAA